UUCACCUGCGUCCUUCCUUCACCCUGAACCCAGCCAGACGCGUUCACUCAUCCGACCACCUCAAACCAGCCCAACUCGACCCAUUGAAGGAAAAGUGCUCUUUCAGAGCUCAAGAAUACGAUCUUGUUUAA